UUGGGACGUGUUAGGCAACCAAACGGGUUCAGAGAAGCCACAGUGUCACAGGGAAAUUCCACACAGAAUUGCUCCAGAGGGCCUGUGGAGCAGCUGCCCUGUCUGCCGACGGAGCCCCGGCGUCUGGCUUGAACGCAAGCAUCUCACUCCUGGAGCACAAGCCUGUGAUCAUCAUUAGGAAACGAAGUGGAGUGUGCAGUUACAGGUUCCGUUUAGAAAUUCUGAGGCUACUAACCAGCCUGCAUUCCAAUCUUGCAACAACAGCAGACUAACAGAUGGCACAGUGUGUGACUAAAGUUGAAUUAAGCAUUUCUUGUGAGAAUCUUUUGAAUGAAGAUGUUGGCUCCAAAUCUGAUCCAUUGUGUGUGUUCUUCAUAAGUACUGGUGAAAAUCAGUGGGCUGAGAUUGAUCGCACAGAACGAAUUAAGAAUUGUCUUUCUCCAAAGUUCUCUAAGAAGUUUGUGGUUGAUUACUACUUUGAGCAGGUUCAGAAAUUGAAGUUUGGAAUUUACGAUAUUGAUAACAAAACAGUUGACUUGAGCGAUGAUGAUUUCUUAGGACAGUUUGAAUGCACGCUUGGACAGAUUGUCUCCAGCAAGAGGCUGAUGCGACCACUCAUGCUGAAAAAUAAGAAGCUUGCAGGGAAAGGAGUGAUCUCGAUUUUGGCAGAAGAAAUCAAAGACAACAGGGUUAUAAACUUACAAGUUCAAGCACAGAAUCUGGAUAAUAAGGAUCUCUUUGGGAAAUCAGACCCCUAUUUGGAGAUCUACAAACAGACACCAGAUGGAAAGUGGCAACUAGCACAUAGAACGGAGGUGAUCAAAAACAAUCUGAAUCCCAGUUGGAAGGCAUUCCGAAUUUCUUUGCAUUCCCUCUGUUACGGAGAUUUACAGAAGCCAGUCAAGGUGGAAUGCUAUGAUUAUGAUAAUGAUGGAUCCCAUGAUUUAAUUGGAGCAUUCGAAACCACUGUUGCCAAAAUCCAAGAAGCCUCACAGAGUGGAGCUGCAUUUGAAUGCAUAAAUCCAAAGAAAAAACAGAAGAAAAAGAAUUAUAAAAAUUCGGGGACUGUGAUUAUUAAAUCAUGUGAGAUUGUGAAAGAAUAUUCUUUCCUGGACUAUGUUAUGGGUGGCUGCCAGGUGAACUUUACUGUUGGCAUUGAUUUCACUGGCUCCAAUGGUGACCCUCGUUCUCCUGAUUCUCUGCAUUAUAUAAGUCCUAACGGGUAUAAUGAAUAUCUGAUGGCAAUCUGGUCCGUUGGAAUGGUUGUUCAAGACUAUGACACUGACAAGAUGUUCCCAGUAUUAGGAUUUGGUGCACAGAUACCCCCUAAAUGGCAGGUAUCACAUGAAUUUUCAGUUAAUUUCAACCCUGAGAACCCGUACUGUGCAGGAGUACAAGGAAUUGUGGAUGCCUACCGCAGUUGCCUUCCUCAAGUCAGACUAUAUGGACCAACAAACUUUUCCCCCAUUAUAAACCAUGUGGCAAGAUUUGCAGCUGCAGCAGCACAGCAGCAAACUGCAUCGCAAUAUUACAUCUUGCUGAUCAUUACAGAUGGAGUUAUAACAGAUUUAGAUGAAACAAGACAUGCCAUUGUAAAUGCUUCUAAGCUGCCAAUAUCUAUCAUCAUUAUUGGUGUUGGUGGGGCAGAUUUUAGUGCCAUGGAGUUUCUGGAUGGUGAUGAUGGAGUUCUAAGAUCACCCACUGGAGAACCAGCUAUCAGAGAUAUUGUCCAAUUUGUACCAUUUAGGAAAUUCCAGAAUGCUGCCAAAGAAGCUCUUGCACAAAGUGUACUGGCUGAAGUGCCUCAACAAGUGACCUGUUACUUUAACAUGCGGAAAAUCCCUCCUCCAAAUGAUCGAAAGCCAGUAAAUGAAUCAAAGCCGGUAAAUGAAUCAAAGCCGGUAAAUGAAUCAAAGCCGGUAAAUGAACCAAAGCUGGAAAGUGAGCUGAAGCUUGAAGACUUGCUGGAUUUCUAGCUGAUGGGGAAAGUCAAAUUUAACAAGCUGUUCUUCUGUACAGCAAAGAAUUAUUUUCCUUUUUUUUUCCCAAAGUUGGUCUGUUAAUUUGGCCUGAUAACACAAGACAUAGGUGUGUGUCUUCCUAUGCACAAGCUCUAGAAAGGGGGACAAGUUAAGCAAUGGUGUUGCUGUAUGAAUUAUACAGAAUUGUAUUUUAUUUGGCCUCUUUUGGUCUGAGCGAAAUUAAGGUAGCACUCAAUUGGUACUUCUGCCUAUGAUGACUACAAGAAGUAGUGAAUAUUAUAUAAAGUUAGAAGUUUUGGCUGAUUGGAUCUUAAGCACUAAUACUUGGAAUAUAGAUAGAUAGAUACUUUAUUCGUCCCCAAAGGGAAAUUCAACAUUUUUCCAGUGUCCCAUACAUUUAUUGUAGCAAAACUAAUUACAUACUGUAUUUAACUCAGUAUAAAUAUGAUAUGCAUCUAAAAUCACCCCCCCAAAAAGCAUUAAUAAAUAGCUUUUAAAAAGUUCUUAAAUAGUUUCAAUAUUUUCAAAACUCUAAAAUUGCCAAUUAUAGGUAAAACUGUAAUAAUGCUAAAGUGCCAAUUUGGGCUGUUAGUUUUGAUCAGCUGUAUAAGCAAGUUAAUGUUCUUACUGGUUUACUUAUGUGAGUAACAUCCCUGAUUUAAAUUGUAUUGAUCAUGUCAGCCACCUUAUUUCUAGUAGGCUCCAGUGAGUUACUUUGACAAUAGACAGCAUUGAUAUAAUUUAAAAAGAAAGGCACAAGAGAGAAAUUAAGAAUAAUUUAUCAUGCUGCUUUUACAUAAUUUCUGGGUUGCUCUAACAAUUUGAUCUAUAGUAUAAAUUACACAAGUUGACUACACCAUAGGCUUGCUGAUGCAAUUAACUUCUCACUGGAAUGGCUUCCUGCAGGUGUAGCCACAAAAUGGCAGUUCAUCAUGAAAAAGGAAGGAGAAAGGGAAAAAAAAACGUUUUUCUCUUUAAAGCUUGCUGUCAGAAUUCUUUCUAUUACAGUGGAUUUCUGUUGAUUUGCUCAUCUGGGCAUCUCUGCAUAAUUCUCCCGUACUAAAUAUUUUGGUUUAUUAAAGCUGCUUCUUCAUUUUAUAUCAUAUUUUGAACCAAAUAAUCAGAUUGAAUUUGCUUUUUCAACUUUGUAGAUGAACUUUUGUCCUAUAUUGUUCUCUUGCAUUCUUAAUUUUUCACUAACAUUCAGUACAAAUAUCUGUAUGUAACAAUGAAAUGCAAAUGUGUGAUUUUAGUGUUGUGCAUUAUAUAGAAUGAAAAGACAUCAAAUACUUUGCCAAAGUUGUUGAGAAUUAUAUUAGGAAAAGAAAAUUGUUCAGAAGACUCUGUAAGCAAUGCACGUUCAUAUAGCUCUGCAAUAAAAAAAAGCUUAAAAAAAAGCUUA